AUGUUUGGCUCUAGGUCCUUCUCAUCACGGGGAAGUCCGGACAGCAGCAGCACGCGGAGUGCGGAAGUUCACGAAGAAACGGCUUCAUAUGACGAAGACAAAGAUUACGUUGAAGAAGAAGAGGAAGAAUAUGGCCUGUUUCCCAAGGUAGUACCGAGAGUCCACGGUGGCACUCUGAAGGGUGUCACUGAACACUCUACUGGAUACGACUUCUCCGAGAGCUUGAGCUCCGGUUACUCUGGGUCUCAGAGAGUGGCAAGUGACGGAGAUGAGAUAUCAGUUUCUCUAGAUGAGCCGGAAUAUGAUGAGUCGAUACGGACCUCGGUGGUAAACAGGAUGAUCCGCGAAGAAGACACCGAAGGUCUGGUGAACACUUCAGAUCGGUUCCGUUUUACCAAGCUAUACGAGCGGUAUGCCGGAACCAGUAACGAAGAAAAGGGCCUUUCUGAAUAUGAGAUGUACACGAAAAAUGUCUGGAAAGAAGCCAAGUUGAGAGAGAAACAUGCAAAAGUUCUGCAGCAGAAGCAAGCGGAAAGAGAGAAUAGGAGGUUGAAAGCCAAUGUUAACGUGAUUGACGAGGCCGGAAUCACAAAUUACGAAGGCGGCUACGAAGACCUUCCGGUCACGAAUACGACAAACUGGUUUCAGAAGGUGCGACUCCAGGCGAAACAGAACAAACUGAAGAAGAAACGGGAGCGAAACCUAAGCACGGACUCGGCACUCUCGGUUCAGAUCUCACCAAGCUCGAUAAACACAAUAGCAAUCGAUGAUGUUAUGGGAAUGGAUAGAAUACCCAUAGAUCUCCAACCGCGGGCAGUAGUAAGGAAGAAUCCAAAGGAAGGGCUGGACGAGUUUGAGAUGCAUAACGAUCGCUCAAGCUCCAACAUCUACAGCGGGAUGAUCCACGAAGAACCUGACAUCUUCGUCUCUGGAAGACAAAACGUUGACUAUUCGUUGAAACCCUUGGAAGGAUUCCCUUAUAACAAUGCUGAAGACACAGAAAAGGGCUGGAAGUGGUACUUUAGGUUCAAUAAGAAGCGGUAUCGCCAUGAGAUCCAGCGAAAGCUCAAGAUUAGACAUCUUCACCAGAUCGCUCUGGGAGGAACACUUGGUGUGGGGCUUUUGCUCUCAUCUGGAAAAGCCUUUAGCAUCGCAGGUCCACUUGGAUGUCUUCUGGGCUUCAUGUUUGCUGGUUCUAUAGUGAUAGCCACCAUGCUGUCGUUCUGUGAGAUGAUCACGCUUAUUCCAUUGGCCGGUGGAGUCAGUGGGAUUUCGUCGCGUUUUGUCGAUGAUGCCUUUGGUUUUGCACUUGGAGUGGGCUACUACUUUUCGUAUAUGAUCGGAAUGCCUACCGAGAUCACCGCGGCCACUAUCAUGCUCAGUUUCUAUACGGAGCUGAAGAUCCCAGGAGCAAGUACCGCUGGGUGGAUUUCAUUUUUCUUGGUAGUGGUGAUUGGCCUUAAUCUGUGUGAUAUCCGAGUCUAUGGAGAGGUGGAGUACUUCUCCACUAUCAUCAAGCUGUUGAUUCUGACAGUGCUCAUCCUCUACAUGAUCAUACUGAAUAGAGGAGGAAGCCCGCCUUAUCAUGAGGUGAUAGGAUUUCGAUAUUGGGACUCAGGAAAGAGCAACGCCACCGAUCUUCUGUUCUAUGGGCUGUUCAGGCCGACCUUCGAUGUUACCGAUGUGGGACUUGGAUCUCUGGAUGGAAUUGGAGGGGCCAAAGGCAGGCUGUGUUCUUUUUUGGUGGCAUCUAUAGUUGCGGCUUAUGCCUACGUUGGAACGGAGAUUGUUCUUAUUGCUGGAGGAGAAUCUCGUAACCCCAGAAAGGCCAUCCCCAGUGCCACCAAAAGUAUCUACUGGAGAAUCAUCAUCUUUUAUGUGGUGGCCAUUUUCGUGGUCGGGCUGAAUAUCUACUCUGGAGAUCCUAGAUUGCUGCGUUAUUUUACCAACGACUCUAGCGCGAACUCUGUGGACUCAGAUCUGGUAGAAAAUAUAAUAGCGUUGAAUGGAGGUCAAAAUUGCCAUUCUCAAUUGCUGAAGUGGGCUGGCUUUGCUAACGGUAACCAAUCGCCCUGGAUCAUCGCCCUACAGAGUGCAGGCCUUUGCAACUUUGCCUCUGUGAUGAAUGCUUUUCUGGUAUAUUUUGCUCUCACUGCUGGAUCUUCGCAGUUAUAUGCUUCCUCGAGGACUCUCUACUAUCUUUCGAUUCAGGGAAAGGCCCCCAAGAUGUUCUCCAUUUGCUCUGCCAGAGGAGUGCCUUAUGUCAGCGUUCUUUUCACGGGUUUCAUGGGUGCUCUAGCAUAUCUUUCUGUAAAAAAUAACACCGCCUUGGUGUUUGAAAGACUGUUGUCGGUCUGUGCUACCACUGGACUGCUGGUGUGGUCCGGAAUGUGCCUGUCGUUUAUCCGGUUCUACUAUGGCCUUAAACUGAGACCGGAUAUCAUUGGAAGAGACGACGAGAACUAUCCUUACAGGUCUCCAUUCCAGCCAUACCUGGCCUACUUCGGGAUGAUUUCGGCUUUCCUGCUCGUUCUGGUGGAUGGAUUUAUCGUCUUUUUUAGGGGAUCGUGGUCCACGGCAUAUUUCUUCUCCAGUUAUGGCUCUUUGAUAUUAUUUAUUCUAUGCUAUGUGGUCUAUAAAUUCGGAAGGAGAACCAAGAUCCACCGCUUAGACCAACUGGAUCUUGACUCAGGCCGUCGUGAAAUUGACAGGAUCAUCUGGGAAGAAGACAGGAAUUACGUGCCAAAUUUCAAGGAGUAUAUCGAAAGGUUCUUGAGCCAUGUGUUCUGA